UUGAUGUUUCCUUUUCGCUGUUCGAUGUUGAGUGCAGCGGAGCAAGAAGAAAGAUUGCCUACUCGAAUCAGCUGUUGCAUGUCCCUACUUUUCGUCCUUUGUCUUUGUUUCUAGAAUAGAGUGUAAACGAGCAAGGCCGCUCUCUCUGUCUUUUCUUCUCUACAGAGUUGUUUUAAGAUUGCUUUGUUCUCCAAGUAGGCCUGUAGUAUUCACUGACCGUGCGAGGUGCUCGUGCGUCUCUUCUCUUGACGACAAUGUCGUUCAAGAGACUGAAGGCAGAAGUAGCUUCUCUCUCGGCUCUCUUUCCCCGCGACCACAAGCGAGUGAGGAUUGUAUCUACUGGAUAUGAUGAAAUCAUCGUCCACUUUCUUGAUGGCAAGAAGAAGUUCGUCAUGACGUGUACUGGCUUGGAUAGCUACCUGGAGACACCACCGAUGUGGUUUACGGAUGAGGAUGAUGCCAGUAUUGUAAGUGCCAUUGAAGAGAUACUGAACCAGGGCAAGAUCACGAUUACGGGAUCCAUGCUCACUCUGCUCUCAACAGUUUGCCAGAAGCGAAGUCUCUCUCAGCUUCCAGAGCUCAGCGAACUAAGGGAAAUAGAAGCGAGUUAUAAUGUCGUUGCAAGCAGCUCGUCAGCGCAGGCUAGUGCAUCAGGUGGUGCCAGUUCUCAGUCAUCAGAAUGUAGCUGUGCACAGGGUGAAGAUGAUGAGGAGGAGGACGAUGAUGUGGAGGAUGGCAUGGACGUGGAUAGCUAUGACGAAGAAAUGGAGGAAUAUGGCAUGGAGCUGUUCUCGAAUGCGAUUGACCCUUGUGAUGGGGCGGCAGGUGUGGACAGCGGCUGCGACAUGGACGCUGGUGACCGCGCCGUUUUGGAGAAAGUAAAAAAAUCGACGCUGACACGAUAUACUUCGGGCAAGCCCAUUGGCGGUUCUGUACGUGCAUCGGACAGACUAAUGAAGGAGUUACGCGCAAUCUUCCGAUCAGAAGCAGUCAAAGAAGGCGUAUACAGCGUAUCUCUGACGCACGGAGACAGCCUAUACGACUGGACUGUGAAGCUAUUCAACUUUGACAAGGACAGUAGAAUCCAUCGCGACUUGGAGAAGCUCUCUGUGAAGAAGAAAGCACAGCAGUGCAUCGAGCUGAACAUCACUUAUUCCGAUAAAUUCCCUGUUUCACCGCCGUUCGUCAGAGUAGUCAGUCCAGUCGUCACUGGAGGAUUCGUCUUGGCGGGCGGUGCAAUAUGUAUGGAGUUGCUGACGAAUCAGGGCUGGAGUGUGGCAUACAGCAUUGAGUCACUUAUCCUUCAAAUCAUGGUCACAAUCGCGAAGGGUAACGCCGCUAUCAGCGAGAAUCCGGAAACCGGCCAUUACAACUUACAGCGUGCUCAGGCCUCGUUCAAAGCACUGACGGCGACGCAUGCCAAAAAUGGUUGGUACACGCCUCCCAAAAACCAAGGUUAGCAGCGCGUUAUGCUUGGCCGGUCCCAGCAUGGUAGCGUCACCCGUCGUGUCUUGAUUAAUGCACACACACACACACACUCUUGACUUUCCAACUAAUUGCUGAGCAAUUCGCUAUAUUCCCUUCAUCGCCGUUUUAUUCGCCGACACCGGCUCGUGCCGAGCCCGCUCCACUCCACGAGGGCAUACUCCACACUGUUCCUGACCAAAGUGCAAUCACGCACGUACGCACAAGCUCUCCACUUAAAACGUAAAAAUCCCCCGGGGUUCGUCAUCGUAAUCAUAUCUACGCUGUAUCUGCCGGAGCCUGAGUGGCCCAUUGACGGCGCUAAGUAACUAGUUAGCACAUGAUAGUGCUCAUGCAUCCCGUACAAAGCUGAUGAUAUGCCUUGCGUUUCUUCUGUCGCUGCUGGCCUGCUCACACGUGUAGCGGCGGGUUAGCGCGCUAUCCUGCGUAUUCUGUUGGCCUGCUCACACGUGUAACGGCGGUUUAGCGUUAUCCUGCGUAUUCUGUUGCGUUCAGAGCGGCCUCAUUUUUCCGGGUACCGCCGCUAUUUUCUGUCUCGACGAGCCUCUUGCCCCAAGGGCGCUACCUUCUACGUUGAUCCCCUUAACAAAUGUCUUAAUUUAUUGUUUCACUGUUAUGGCCCUCAGCGCGCUCCUCCGAGAGGGUUCGGAGAGCAUGUUAUUGUCUCGUAUCAUUUCUUUUAGGUUUCUCUACUCCUGGUCUGUGUCAAUAUAAUAUCCUCCGCUAGGUCCUGUCUAGAAUGUAUAGGAUGUAGACAUCUUUGACUUAUUCUCACUUACUCGUUUCCCCCGCUACACACCACGCACACACGGACACCCACAGUCACCAUCUAGGGCUGUCAAUAACAAUACCGUUACGCCUCCGCACUUCAUGAUUCCUAGCAUUAGGUUGUUUUCCCUUUCUCUUUAUCCCCAUGCCAUGGUCGUUAUCUUGUGGCAGGGUCACUUGAAGCUAUUAAAAACUCCAUCCUUGAACUUAUCUGAGCUUAUUGACUCUCUCUCCCUCCCUCCCUCCCUCUCUCCCCCUCUCUCUCUCUGGGUCUAUUCUUGCAUGAGUACCUUCUAUUCCCGCCUUGUGAAUGGCAUAAUACUUACCCUACUUGUUUUGUCAGGUGUGCUACUUAUGAUUGCAUUUCUCAGCAACGGUCUUAGUUUUGCUGUGCGAACGCCCGUGGCGCUCUUUGCAACUCGUGCCACGCAUUACUGGCACAUAUAAUAAUACUACUCACAAUGCUGCUGGUCUUCCGCUUUAAUUCUGCUGAACGUGUCUGUGGACACCUGGUUUGUCUCUGCUCUCGAUAAAUGGUGUUAGAACUGUCAUUUUCUUGAUUA